AGUCUCCACGGUGGAUGCUAGUCUUUAUAAUCCGUUUCUUUAAAAAAAAAAAAGCAAAAAAAGAGGUCCUUUAUAAUUCCCUCCGUCGCAUAAACCGCAAAAUAUACGAAGAAGAAACCCGCCAGCGUCGUCAAAAUCAUGGCCACAUGAGCUCCUUUACAUGGCGUCGCCGUACUCUCGCGAAGCCAGGAGUUUGCUUUCCCGCUUCAAACCUUCUCUCGAGAGGUUGAAGUGCAGCUUUGUCGAAGAAAGGAGUCGCGCUCAUUUCUCUUCUCAUAUGGAUCAAGGCGAAUUUUCGAAAUGGAGGAAGUUGGACUCUAGGAAUUUUGGUUUAGAAAGGUCAAUGAUAUCUCUUGCUUCUUGGAUAGUUUUGAAGAAUUUACGAGCGAAAGGAUUUGAGGCCUACUUAGUUGGUGGAUGUGUUAGAGACUUACUUCUCAAUAAGGUGCCAAAGGACUAUGAUGUGAUCACAACAGCAGGGCUUAAACAGGUCAAGAGGACGUUUCAGCGUGCAAUGAUUGUUGGAAAACGGUUCCCUAUAUGUAUUGUCACUGUAAAAGGCUCUGUAGUGGAGGUAUCAAGUUUUGACACUAUAGCCAAAGAAUCUGGAGGAGAAAAAGUAAAAGUCCACCAAGAGCCGAGGGGUUGUAAUCCAAGAGACUUUCUUCGCUGGAAAAAUUGCUUGCACAGAGACUUCACUGUGAACAGCUUAUUUUUUGAUCCUUUUGUGAACGUGAUCUAUGACUAUACUGAUGCAAUUAUGGACUUGAAGUCUUUGAAGCUAAGAACAGUAAAACCAGCUCACUUAUCAUUCAAAGAGGAUCAAGCAAGAAUUUUGCGUGGAUUGAGACUUGCAGCUCGUCUUAACCUGUCAUUUUCAAAGGAGACAGAGGAUGCUCUAUAUAGCCUCUCUUCAUCAGUUGCUGAACUGAGCACGUCCAGGAUAUUUAUGGAGGUUAAUUAUAUGCUCUCAUAUGGAGCUGCUGCGCGUUCCCUUAUUUUGCUUAAAAGGUUUCGACUACUCGAUAUAUUGCUACCAUUUCAUGCAGCAUAUCUUUCCGAGCUGGUGCAUCGUCAACUUGGUGUACGUUCCUCAAUUUUAAUGAAAUUAUUUUCCAAUUUGGAUCAGUUGAUUACUUGUGACCGACCUUGCGCGGACAGCUUGUGGGUUGCAAUCUUGGCAUUUCACCUGGCAAUAUCUAGUAAUCCUCAACAUCCUAUCGUAGUUUUGACCUUUACUUCACUUCUGCAUCAUAGAACGAUGGAGGAAAGCAUUAAAUUUGCGAGACAAAAUGCUCUAAUUACGAGAAUUGACAUGCCUGAAAUCGUAGGUGUUGUUGACAACUUAUUAGAUGAUGAAAUAGUAGAAAGAGUGUCUCUGUUUGUUGGGCAAGUAAAACAUUCUGUACAGUCUCUGAUCAACAAAACGUGUCUCUUGGAAUCAAUGUCCAGGUUUCCCGAGUUUCCAUGUUCUGGUUUGGUUUUCAUACCUCAGAAAAUGGGGCAAAAAGUGAAGAAAUUUUUUGACAUUUUGACAAAUGGUGCCAAUUCUGUAAAGGCCAAUGAAAGAACUCAGGAGAUAUGUCACCGGUUGCUGAAACAGGGAAAUGCAAAUGAGAUCAGGUUCGUGCUUGGUAAGAUAAUAGUGACAACUCUGCUUCACAGUAAAAAGCAAGGAGCAGAUGCUGAAGGUGGAAGGGAUGAUUUACUAGUAACAGACCGACCACAGAAGUUGGGCAAUUUUGAACAGAUUCGGAAUACGCCAGAUCAUAUGAGCGAAAUUUUUGCUGUGGAUAAGAAUGAGAUGAAGAGGAGCGCAACACCAUCAAAUUACGAGGAAUUUUCUGACGUUGCUACGAAGAGGACAAGGUUAUCGGGUGGUAGUUCCACCAGUAGCCGCAGAUUUAGUGGAAGUCACAGGUCAAAUCCAGGUAAGUAGAUUCUGAAAGAUGAGCAUGUGAAAGCUGAGACGCUCCGUGACAGAUAGCUCCGUGCUUUCUGGUUGAUCAAAGUGAGCAGUGAUAGCGUGAUGCAAGAAGAUAAUCCUUGUUCUACUGAGUUUGAUUCAGUUCAAGAGUUGGAGGUAUCUGUGCUGUGCUAAACUCAAUAUUUAUUGGCUCUCGGAAUUUUUUUGAAUCAAACGCCGAAAUCUAAGGCUAUUGCGAGAACACAUCUGUUGUACAUUCGAUCACGAGGGAAACGAUGUGAAACAGAGCUUGAGCAAUGAUAACUACUCCCCAUUUUAAGAAGCAAUGCUUGUUUGGAAAAAGACAUAAAGAUGUAAUUUUGGUAGCUCUCAUAGGAUUCUGACAUAUGAAGGUGCACUAAAUUUUGGUGGCUAUUUAUAGGAUGUUUUGGUUGA